CAACAAUCAUAGUUUAAUCAGACAAAUAAAUCCACGAUCAAGUGAUCAUGGAGAAAUUUAUUUAUCCAGAAGCUCGAAGAGAUGAAGAAUUUUCGGAAAUAUAUCAUGGAGUAGAGAUAAAAGAUCCAUAUCGAUGGCUAGAAGAUCCAGAAUCUGAAGAAACAAAACAAUUUGUUGCUGCACAAAAUGCUGUUACCAGACCUUAUUUGGAUGCUUGUCCAGAAAAACAAGAUAUCUAUGAUCGUAUUAAACAAAUGUGGGAUGUUCCAAAAUCUUAUUGUCCACGAAGACAUGGUGAUAAGUACUACUUUUAUAGAAACACUGGUUUACAAAAUCAAAGUGUGCUCUUUGUUCAGGAUACACUUGACUCAGAACCAGAGAUGUUUUUUGAUCCCAAUAGUCUAUCAGAAGACGGCUCUGUGGCUGUUUCUAGUAAAGAGUUCAGCAAAAACGGUCGUAUAUUGGCUUAUGGAUUAUCCAGUAGUGGCUCAGAUUGGAGUACUAUACAUUUUAUGGAUACUGAAACACGCAAAAAAUACCCUGAAGUAUUGGAAAAAAUUAAGUAUUCACCAAUAACUUGGACAAAUGAUAAUCUUGGAAUUUUUUAUGGUACAUAUAUUGAUCAAAAAGGUGUAACAGAUGGUUCUGAAACAGUUGGAGCAAGAGAUCAAAAAUUAUGUUAUCAUCGUAUUGGAACACCACAAUCAGAGGAUGUUAUUGUUGUUGAAUUUCCAGAAGAACCAUUAUGGAGAAUUGGAGCUAUUGUAUCAAAUUGUGGAAAAUGGUUAAUAAUAACACCAAGAAAAGAUUGUCGUGAUAAUCUAGUUUAUUUUACUUCUCUUGAAGACAACAAGCUUGAUGGAAAAUUACCAUUGAAAAAAAUUGUCGAUAAAUUUGAAGCUGAUUAUGAGUUUAUCACAACUGAAGGAACAAGUGCAAUAUUUAGAACUAAUAAAAAUGCACCAAAUUAUCAAUUGAUAAGCAUUGAUUUAAAUGAUUAUGCUAGUGAUAAAUGGACUACAUUACUUCCUGAACAUCCAGAGUAUGUUUUAGACUGGGCAGCUGCUGUUGAUGGUGAUAAAUUUGUUGCAUGUUACAUUGAAGAUGUCAAACAUGUUCUUAAACUGCACAGUUUAAAAACAGGAGAAGUGAUUAAAAAAUAUACACUUGAACAUGAUACAAUUGUUGGAUUUAGUGGUGAUAAAGAUUACUCUGAUUUUUUCUUUCAUUCAACUUCAUUUACAACUCCUGGUAUUAUAUAUGCUGUUGAUCUUAAAAAAGAUUUAGAAGCAAAAGUUCAUCAUGAGAUGAAAGUCAGUGGAUUUGAUCCUAAAAAUUACAAAACUAAACAAGUUUUUUAUCCAAGUAAAGAUGGUACUCUUAUACCAAUGUUCAUUUUAACCCACAAAGAUGCAGUUUUGGAUGGAUCAAUGCCAGCUCUUUUAUAUGGAUAUGGUGGAUUUAAUAUCAGCAUUCAAGCAACAUUCAGUGUCACAAGACUAGCAUUUGUUCAGCAUUUAAAGGGUGUAGUUGCAAUUGCAAAUAUUCGUGGAGGAGGAGAAUACGGAGAAAAAUGGCAUAAUGGUGGACGUUUUUUGAAUAAGCAAAAUGGCUUUGAUGAUUUUCAAUAUGCAGCAAAAUAUUUAAUUGAUAACAAUUACACUUGUGCAGAAAAAUUAACAAUUCAAGGUGGAAGUAAUGGUGGUUUAUUGGUUGCUGCAUGUGUUAAUCAACGUCCUGAUUUAUUUGGUGCAGCAAUUGCCGAAGUUGGUGUUAUGGACAUGCUACGUUUCCAUAAAUUUACUGUUGGAUAUGCUUGGGUAUCUGAUUAUGGUUGUUCAGAUGAAAAAGAACAUUUUGAAAAUUUAAUUAAAUAUUCACCUCUUCACAAUGUACGUCCACCAAGUAACAAUGGUCAAUAUCCAGCAGUAUUAUUAUUGACUGCUGAUCAUGAUGAUCGUGUAGUACCACUUCACAGCUUAAAAUUAAUAGCAACUCUUCAGCAUACACUUGGAAAAUUGCCACAACAAACUAAACCUCUUAUGGCAAGAAUUGAGACAAAAGCUGGCCACGGCAGUGGUAAGCCAACAAGUAAAAUUAUUGGUCAAAGUACUGAUAUUUUAGCAUUCAUCAUUAGAACUCUAAGAUUAAAGUUCUAUAAAUAAAUACUAAUUAAUAUUCGAAAAAAAACACUGGAAUAUUUUUUUAUAGCAGUAAUUGAGUUUGUAAGUGUUGUAUUUUCUUUUGAUAAUAUAUUCAAGAACAAAUAAAAAAGCUGUUGAUUAAAUAUACAAAAAAAAAAAGGUAAAUUUUAAUACUUAAAUAACCUAAUUAUUUUAUUCAUCAACUUGCUGAAUUGAGUUUAUCUUUUAACAUGUUUUUUGGACAUCUGGCAUAAUCUAAAUAAAUAAAUAAAAUUAGUAUCUAGAUGGAAUAUAUAAAAUUUUAUUUAAAAAUAAAAAAGUAUUUCGAA